AUGCCGACGCCGACGCCGUUCCGAGUCGUGCUGCGCCGCCAGACCACGCCCGGUCUGCGCAGCCGCCUCUCCCAGAACCACCACCACCACCACCACCACCAGCGCCGCGCCCACUCGGACGCACCCAAGCCGAAGCGCGCAGAGGACCCGAUUCCCGUGCCCAACACCGUCUCGACCAUCCCGCUGUGGCAGCGCCUCGGGCCCUUGACGCGCGCCGCCGAGGGAUACGCCCGCGCCCAGCGCAAGAGACCCCUGACGACGCAGCUCGUCAGCUCGCUCGUCAUCUACUUCUGCGCCGACCUCUCGGCCCAGAACAUGAGCGGCAACGACUACAACCCGGAGCGGACGAUGCGCUCGCUGACCAUCGGCGCCAUCUCGUCGAUUCCCAGCUACAAGUGGUUCAUCUUCCUCUCCCAGAACUUCAACUACGCCUCGCGCCUCCUUUCGCUCGCCACAAAGGUCGUCGUCAACCAGGUGUGCUUCACGCCCAUCUUCAACUCGUACUUCUUCGGCAUGCAGGCCUUCCUCGCCGGCGACAAUCUCGACCAGAUCAUCGAGCGCAUCCGCCGCACCGUGCCCGUGAGCAUCGUCAACUCGUGCAAACUGUGGCCCGCCGUCACCGCCUUCAGCUUCUCCUUCAUCCCCAUGGAGUACCGCAGCGUCUUCUCGGGCGUCAUCGCCGUCGGUUGGCAGACGUACCUAAGUUUCCUGAACCGGCAGGCCGAAGUCGUAGAGGAAGCCGAGGAGGUCGACGAGAAAGCCCACGCGGUGCAGGCCAUCGCUGCUCGUGAUGGACCGGCCAAGAUGGAGGCGUAG